AUGGAUCCCUUACCGCCACCUCACGUAGACGGUCUGGACAUGAUGUCCAUGGAUGACUUCGAACAAGCCCAUCCAUAUGUUCCACCGCCAGCGAAGAUGGUCAACAUCACGACUUCUCCGAGYGAUGRUGUACAUGCUGACAUAUUCAACACGAAAUGCCAGGCAAAAGGAUUGACCCCGUUCUUCACAUAUGUUGAGCCUAGCCAGGGAUCUUUCCUCGCAACUGCACACGUUGACAACCAGCCUCUUGAGCAGGCUGGACCGUAUGCCUCCAAGAGAGCUGCCAAAGAGGCUGCAUGCAAAGCGUCCAUUCCAAAGCUUGAAGCAUUCCCAGAUAAAGCAGACCUUAAACGUGCCGAGUUGCAGAAGUCGCAGCCCGUCAUUCGUGCGCUACCACACAACGACGGCGAACAUGUUUCAAAGAUGAACACGCUCUGUCAGCAAAAGAGACUUGUGCCCGUCAUCACGUACAAAGAGCCGAAAAAGGGCUGCUUCUCUGCCGCUCUCCAAAUCGAUGACGAGCUGGUCGGCGAGGUGGGCUUGUUUGCUAACAAGAAAGACGCAAAGGAGGAGCUUUGCAAAGUCACAUAUCCCAAUCUACUCCAGAUGGGAGGUCGUUUGAAGCGCAAAAGCAUGGRUCUUAAGGAAGAGCUCCCUGGCGMACCAGAAACUCUUAAAGAGGAGAACUGGGUGGGCACAUUGGUCGAACACUGCCAGCAUAGCAAAAUCGCAUAUCCUGUCUACAACGAAACCGGCCCGCAUCCAUCACAUGGACCAUUCUCUUGUGCUGUGCACUUCGCAGGCAGCCCACCAAAUGGGUUUGGCUGCACAUCGGGCCCGUUCAAGAAAAAGGCAGAUGCGAAGAAGAACGCAGCCAUGGAGGCAGUGCUUUGGCUCCGCCACCAGGGUCAGCUCGCGGUCGGUGCGACAAGUAAACGUAGAAAAUCCUCCGCGUCUGGCGGCGCUGAAGCAACGCUCCCAGCUCAUACCACGGGACUUACACCGGACUUUUCCGAUGCCAUGGAUAWCACUGGCGGGGAUAUUGUGCAGAGCGCGCCUAUCGGUAAGCGGGUACAAGACUUGUGUCUGCGACUCGGCUUCACAAACCCGACCUUUGAGCUCACACCCCUAUCUGGUUCAUUCUACAACGUCCAUGCAACCUUUACUCCUCAAGACAUUCGAUAUGAGCCGAAGCUUGCUGGAGCCGUGGCUCCAGUAUACAAUGUCUUCGGUAAGAAAACUGCAAAGGAUGAGUGUUGGGCUGAGUUGUGGAAGGUGCUGGAAGAAAUUCGAGUCAGUAGAGGAGGUUGA